AUGUUAUUAACAGCAGUUAUAGUGAAUGCGACAAAAGGACGUGGGAAACGGCAAAUUGAAGACCCAUCAUUUUUGGAAGCAAAUCGAAUAUUCACAAAACUUGAUAACACUGCUGCUAGUAUGAUAACGACUGAGGCAAUUUAUGAACUGAACAAUAUGAAUGUGUUUGUCAUUUUUUUUUGUCAUAACGUUGCCACCAAGUUAGCAUGCUUGAGAUACGUUGCUGAUACCAUUCAUAUUAUCAAUGACCACAUCGAUAAUGGGAGCAUAAUAUGGAUUUUUAUGCUGAUUAUUUAUUGGAUGCUUAUGCCUGUAUUCAUUUGGGUUGCAAUUAUUUUAUUUAUGUGGAAAAAUCUUCGGUCACAUUGGAGCAAAAUUAUUGUUCCUAUGGCAGUAGCAAAACAUUGUGAGGCAAGUGGCAAUUUGCUGAAUGAUAGAAAUGAAAUUGUUACAAUGCCUGCAUGGGAUGGUUUGUUAAAUUUUAUUGCUUCAAUGAAAGAAAUAAUUUCUAGCAAUAUAUAAGGACUUCAAAGUUCAACUAGACAAAAAAAAACGAGGUUGAAUAUUCCAGGAGUUUUGGAAGCUCGUUUUGAGCAGACUACUCAAUCAGAACAUGACCAGAUUGUAUGGCCAGAAGACGAAAUGAUUGAAGAAGAAGAAGAAAGAGACAGAAAUGAAAAAGCAGAACAAAAAGAUGGCAAAAAAACGAAGAAGAAUGAAAAAAAGAACAUAGAAAAGGAGAAAGAUACAAAUAAGGGGAAAGGCAAAAAGAAGGGAGCAAAAACAAAAAAAUGUAUCUUCUUAAAGAUAACAAUGCUGGUAAUGGGUAAUGAAUCGUCAAUGCAUUCAUUAUUAGUGGUGAAAUUGAUGAAUGUUUUAUUCUGA